AUGACUGCCUCCGAAAGCGCGCCUCACCCCGUUCGAACCCCUUUCGGCAAGCCGAUGCGGGAGAAAUAUUUUCUUUUCGCCCAGGGACACGUGAACCUCAACCAUGGCUCUUUCGGCGGGUACCCGAACACCGUACGAGCGGCCCUUCGCCGCUAUCAAGAUGCAGCCGAAGCUGAGCCUGACAGGUUCAUUCGCUAUGUUUUUCCUGAUCUUCUCCGCCGCAGUCGCUCCCUCCUCGCUUCCCACUUGAACUGUCCCGUGGACGAGCUUGUUCUCUGCCCCAACGUCACGACAGCCACCAAUACUGUCUUGCGUAACCUUCAGUGGGGGGACGGUGACAGAGUCAUUUACACCUCAGGGGUUUACGGAGCUCUCGAAAAGACCAUCGAAAGUGUCCUCGAAGAUACAAACUCCAUUGGCGUCAAAAUCGACCUUGAUCUGCCCAGCAAACCCGACGAGAUCGUCUCUAAAUUCCGGUCGGCUUUACAACGAGAAAAGCAAGCAUGCAAGCAAACCGGCGAGGGGACUUUAAAGCUGGCUAUUUUCGAUACCAUCGUCAGUAUGCCGGGUCUCCUCAUGCCCUUUGAGGAGAUGACGAAGGUCUGCCGCGAAGAAGGGGUUCUAAGCAUGAUCGAUGGCGCUCACGGUCUGGGCCAUAUUCCUAUUGAUCUUGAGAAGCUGAACCCGGACUUCUUCACUUCAAAUUGUCACAAGUGGCUUUUCGUCCCGCGGGCCGUUGCCGCUUUCUUCGUUCCCAAGAGAAACCAGCAUCUCAUCCGAACGACUUUCCCAACAUCGCACGGUUUUGUACCUCGGAGUCUCGGCAAGGGUAUGGUCCACGAUCCGAUGCCUUCGUCUGCAGAGCCCAACCAAAUGAUCAGGCAGUUUGAAUAUUUCGGUACAAUGGACGGUGCGCCAUAUUGUUGUAUCGAAGAAGCCCUUCGGUUCUUUGACGUGGUGUGCGGGGGCCACGAAGCUGUCCGUCUCUACUGUACAGAUUUGGCGAGGAGGGCAGAGGAGCUGUUCGUUGAAACUCUCGGAACCGAGAGCUUUGGGAUCACAGAAGCAGAGCGUGUCUUUUUCGCCCAAGUCAGGAUGCCUAUUCAGGUGGGAGAUGAUCGGGGUAAGGGCCAGGUGCCUCUGGAAGAUGUUGGGCUCGUGACCGACUGGAUGCACAAGGCAUUCGCGGACCAGUUUCGGACUUACAUGUACCUGCUUUUUUACCGCGGAGCUUGGUGGGCCAGACUGAGUGCGGCUGUCUACGUUGACUUCGAAGACUGCCAGUACGCAGCAAAGGUGUUGAAAGACGUCAGUGAGCAGGUGCGCAGUGGAGGGUACAAGUGA